AUGGACCCGAUUUGGCAAAAUAUUACCACAGCACUGGAAGUUCCCCCGGAAGUGGCCGACAAGUGGUUGGCCAAGUUGAAGGGCCAAUAUUCACUGCCAGGCAGACACUACCACAGUGAGAGUCAGAUGAUUCACAGAAAAGCAGAGUACCUUUCCGGGGCGAGUGUUUGCAUCCAGCUAGCGUCCUUGUUUCAGUACUAUCAUUUCGACCCGGAAAAGGACUGCGUGAGCGAGAACUGUGACGUUCUGAAGGAAUUUUUAAUCGAUGCCAAAUUGGACAACAAACCACUGGAAAACAACAUUCUACAACUUUUGGGAGAUGUUAAUGUGGACAGCUUUGAUCUACCGGAAGAUGAGUUACUAUACUUUCAAGACUUGGAUUUGCUGAUGCUAGGGUAUUCCCCAGAAAACUAUAAACAAUACACCGUACAGCUGCGACAGGAGUAUUCGACGAUGGACGAGCAAUCAUACAACAAAAUGAGAUUAAAAAUACUACGAUCUUUCAAUCGAAUUCCAUUCAUUUAUGCCAGUAAGGAGUUUAGUGAAAAAUAUGAAUCAACUGCCCGAGCGAAUAUUGAGAGUGAAAUCAAGGAAUUGGAAAACUUGUAAUUUUAAGAAGUGUCAACCACAAGUGCAAAAGAACAUAACUGCAGAACUCUUCAAUAAUUGCUUCCUGUCUGGAUUGUCCAUUUCCGAGCAAGUGGUGGGUGGUUUUGGAUGUCAACAAAGGAACGAAAAGAUACGAACUGCAAUUACUUUCUUUUGUCAAUGUAUCCUAGAUUUGAGUUACAUAGUUUCUAUCUGUUGGCAGAAAUAGUUAUAUUUAGCUUCAAUAAACAGUAAUGUGUGCA